GAAGUCAGAAGAACCAGGGAAACGCGCUCUGUGAUCCAACACCCCUCCCCCCAUCGAUAAAUUGCACGAGGCAAAUCAGAUUCGGAAUUGCCCUCAUUUGACCUUGUGCUCUAUGGUCCGAGAUUUGAUUCCAGGCGGUUGAUUCUUCUUCUUUUUGUACUUCUGGUUCUGCUUUUUUUUUUGGCGGAGGCUGGAUGGCAGCAGCGUUGGUUGCUUGCCGUGGAGGAAGAACGGCGGUGGGAUUUAUGAACAAUCAAGUUCGGGAGAUGUCUGAGUGGGUUAAGUUGAGUGUGGAUGGGAGGCGGGCUUUCAUUGUGGAUACUCUUUGCAUGGUGAGGAAACUUGAGGGUCAGGGCAUUUCUUCCAAUCAGGCGGAAGCCAUAACCGCGGCCAUCAAAGAAGUUCUGAAUGAUAGCCUGGAGAAGGUGUCGAAUUCAUUUGUGUCUAAUGAGCGAAUGAAGAUGAGUGAGAUGGCUCAGGAUGCCAACCUCUCCAAAUUCAAAUCCGAAGUACAGAGUUUACAGGAGCGCCAUUUUUCAUUACUCCAGCGUGAAACCGAAAAGCUCAAGGUGGACAUCGAAAAGAUGCGUGGCGAGCUUAGGUAUGAGAUUGACAAGGUUACUUCAGGACAACGCUUAGAUCUAAACCUUGAAAGAGGGCGAUUGCGUGAUGAGCUUACAAAGCAAUGCAGUGAAACAGCCAACCUCACUAAUAAGCUUGAUGGAGAAAUUCAUGGUCUAAGAGCUAAAUUGGAGGCUGCUAAAUAUGAGGUUAUCAAGUAUUGCGUUGGCACCUUGGUUUCAUUAUCUGCAGUUGGUCUGGCUAUUAUCCGGUUAUUGAUGUAGAAACAGUUUUUUUUUUUUCAGAGUUUUGAAAAUUAGAUAUAAGAAUAUUAGAAGCAAGAUAUGAAUAUGAUGUUUCAAUAUUGUCAUUCUUUUGGGGUGUAUGGAUGUCAGAAGGG